UAUUUUUUAAAAAUUUCUAUAGAAUUAUUGUUAGAUUUGAAGACAACAGAGGGAGACAAUGCGAAUCAGUUAUUCUAAAAAUACUUAAUUCAACAAAGUGUUUGGAACGAAAUAUUACAGAAAAUAAUAGUAAGUCCGGAAAAAUUUCUUGUUUUAUUAUCGUUUAAGCAGAGAUAGAUACCUAAAUCUUUUAAUCUAGGCAUCAGAGGUUGGUCGGAAUUUCGAUUUCCGACGUUUUUUUCCUUCGAUUUCCGAAAAAAUUUUGAUUUCCGAGUUUCGACUUUUGAGCCAGUUCCGAUUUCCGGCUCUUCCGAUUUCCGACACCUCUGAAUGUUCCGAACCACCUCUGUUAACAAUAAGCAUCACAAAUGUGUGAUUGUUGGCUCCUUUUCAGAGCUUUAAUUUCAAAGAUUAUUCGGAAUUUUCAACUCCUACUUGUCCUUCAUUUUAUUCUUGCUUUUUUGCUUGUUCUUCAACCCUAUCUAUUCACUUCAGAAUUGGUUAAUACCCGUGUUUAUUCAUUUUUAAGCUUAAUACCUAGAUUUAUGUAGAUUCGAAUGUAUAUUCAGUUCGAGACAAGAAUUCCUAAACUUUUUAAAAUUCUUCAAGAUGAAUAUUCCAAUGACGAUAAUUCUCAAUAUCCAAACAAACAAACAUAAGCUUUACCCAUAUUUUCACAUAUCGAUAGUUUCUUUUUCUUUCUUCUCUUUUCUUUUUGGCAAAAGAAUAAUGGCCAAGUGCUAGGCAAAUAAGAAAAGCUGCUUUUCCUUUGCUUCUAACGUAGAAAGAAAGAAAUCGUUUUUUAGUCUUUUUUAGUCUACAUAAUAUUUGUUAAAAUAUCAAACUAAAAUAGAUCAUUAGAUCAAUGUUCAUUUCCUAUCACUUUUUAAAUAUUUCAAAAAAAUAUUAAUGUAAAAAUAACGGUUAGAAAAGAGUUUAGGAUUUAUAAGAAAGAAACCACAAUCUCAAUUCCUAAUAUCUCAAUCUUGUACUCUGUAUUAUCGCAAAGGGUGGAUUAUUCAAAUAUUCUUGAUUAUAUUUGUUCUUUUGUUAAUUCU